AUCUCCUUUAGCCCAGGUUCACACUGAUGCGGUGCAGAAUUUGCAGCGGUUUCUGUGUGAAUUCCGCACCGCAUCAGAAUCGCACCCCAUUCAUGUGAACCGCUGCGGGUGUGUAUGUUAAUCCGCAAAAUGUGGUGCGAUGUGCAGAAUCGGAUUGCAUAGGUGUGAAUACCCAUGCGAUCCAAUUCUAGUGCAGACCCAAAAAAGGGGUCCUGCACCUUUUUGGUGCAGGUGCGGUGCGAUUAGAGCCAUACAAAAUGUACGGCUCCGAUUGCACUGCACACAAAUCGCAUGUGAUUUGCAGUUAAUGCGGUGCGUUUCCUUUGCGAAUCACAUGCGAUAUACCGCACCGCAUAUAUGUGAAACUGGGCUUACA